AUGGCAGGGAAGCGCAAGAGUCAGUUCGGAUCUUCAGGUGACCGGCCAGACAUAUUGGCAAUUGAUGGGAAUGCUAAGCUAUACCGUCGCACUUGUGGCAUGCCGUUUGCGAGUGCGGUUUGGUGCGGGGAGCUGAACAAAUACCUUUUGCGGGGUUGCCCGAAUUCCCCCGGCAAGAAAGAUCCGCUGUGCUGCAAGCACGCGCGGGACCGGGACAACGCCCAGUUCGCCCCCCAGGAAAGCCACAUGCAGAUCGUGGCCCACCGAACAAAAAAGGCUUUGCACGACGGUAAGGACGCAAAGCACUUGGAGGUCAAAGUCGGCUAUUGUGACAUGUGGCAGCCCGCGCGCACUGUAGACGAGGCCCGCUUGCGCGAUCGCCCCGCGAUCUGGCCAGGCCUUUUGCAGAUCGCCCCGGGGCUCGGCCCGGCUUCCGCGGGGGCCGCGCGCGCGGCGAUCGGCGCUGCCCCUGCGCGCCACCAGGUGAUGGAGCGGCGGAAGCGGCGCAAGGAGUUCCGCGCCGCCCGGUUUGUCGCCAAACUGAAGAGGAGGAGAGAGCGUUCAUUCAUGUCUUCGUGGAGUUCGUUGGGGCCGCGCCAGAAGUCGGAGUGCGGGACGCAUAAGGAGACCCCGAACCACAUCGUGGCCGCUGCCCGGACUGGCGGCUUCCUCCGGGCGGUUAGCGCUUCGGGGGUCAUCGUCGACAUCGACGAGUUAGUGGGGGUGGAAUCCUUGUCCCAGCGAUGCCGCUUCUUGGCCAUACUAAAGAGCCGGCACCCAGAUUUGAAGGUCAUCGUCCACGACGACGCGUGCCAUUUGCGUUUGAUGGUGGAGGCGAACCGGGCCAGUUCUCCGAUCGCCGAGGAGCUGGCGGCCGACGUCGCAUGCAUCGUCGACGAGUACCACGCGAGCGCGCACGCGGGGGCGCUCCUCCGGAAGUUCCCCACGAACAUCUGCGAGGUGAAGAACUCGGACCUAUCCCCCCUAGCUCAUACUAUCCAUCACAUGGGCCGCUGGAUGUGCAUCCUUGCCGUGGCGGAGAUGGUGGACGUGAGCAACCGCCGCGCCCUCGCUCUUGCGGAGGCGCGUCGCGGCGUUGAGCGGAGGAAGGUGGCUCGGGCAAAGAAGAAUGCGCAGGAAAAGCUCUGCGCCGCAGAGCGCGCGUUCGGCUGCCUUCUGUCGGCAGCCAUGCCGAAGACCCCGCCCCCCGAGCUCACCGCGGCCGAGAUCCGCGCGCUCAUGGACGCCGCGCAGCAGAAGGUCGACGAGAACUUCAACGCUGCCGAGCACUUGCCAGAAGCCGCGUAUAAAUUCGUCCACCCAAUAGCGACCACCACGUGCCAGGGCUUUUAUUCCACGACGAUGAUGUUGCUGGGCGCCGUCCCGGCCUUGACGAACGGCGCCCGCGUCAAGCUGUGGUCGCAGAAAGCGUGUCCUCUCACCGCGGUCGUCAUCCAGGUGGCAGUGCCGCAGGAAGGCAAGAGUCGUCUGUAUCCCGUCAUCGAGGAGAUGUUCGACACCUGCGACGACGUGGUGGCGGACCUGGCCCCGCGCAUGUUCAACGAGGCUCGCGAAGGGAGGCAAGACGCGCACGCCAGCGUCGGCGGGGAACUCGCAGUGAAUUCUGCCGCCCUCCAGAGUUUUACGUUCUCGGAGUUUUUCUUCAGGUGUUCUGCUGCGUGCAAGCAGGUCGAGUGCAUGGUUGGGGAUAAGAAGACUGACCCAGGCAUCCCGGCCAGGGUCUGGUUCGGCAACGGCUUCAACCUGGACGAGGCGCACGAGUUCUUUGACGGUUUGGGCCUCCUCGGUAAUGCGACCAAAGACAAGGACAAGACGCCCUCCUUGAACGCGUCGUUGCUGAAUUCGCUGUUGCAGUCUGGCAAGACCAGGGGGGCGACGCGCACAAGCACCAAUUUCGGCAUGUCGAGGGACAAGACCGUGUCCAUCUUCAUUCUCGGCAACGCCAUUCCUAUGGACCGCGGUUGUUUGGGCUCCCACACGGCGGCCACCAAAGAGCGAUUCGUGUUCUGCCUCGACCGCGCGGUGCCUCGACACGCGCCUUUGCCCGAGGACUGCGAGCUCGAAGCCGGCGAUGAUGGGUGGACGUGGCUGCCUCUCACGGCCCAGCAAGCCGCGGUCUACGGGUGGGAUCACUUUAAGGACGACCCCGCAGCGGCGAUUCGCGCUGGGCUCCAGGUCGACGAUCGCUCUCAGCCUGCUCCGUGCGAGGGCGGCCUCGUCAUCCAGGGGCCUCCCGGCGGCUACGUCGUCUCGUUCCCUGACGGCCGCCAGAGUCGAUUGCGGUACUUGUGCCGUCCAGACGGCGGGCUCGUCGCCACCGAGUACCGCAUCUCCUCGCGUUGGAAUCUGCCUGGCCCCACGGACCGCAUCAGGGCGGCGGCUCGGCGCAUUGCUGAACUAUUCAAGGAUAAGCCGCGCGCCGUGCUCGAGUUCGAGAGCCGCGCCAAGAAGAUCCUCCUGGGCAACCAGGUGGCGCAGAGCGAUCGGGCUGACAUGUGCGAGGAUGACGUCCCCACUGCCGCCCUCCAUUCAAAAGCCGCGGAGCACGUGGGCAUUUUCGCAGGGCCCCUGGCUGUCCUGGAGUACGGCGGGGGCGCCCCUCUGUCCGAGGGCCACGAUGAUGACUUGGCCGCGCCCGGUUUCGGCCUCGCGGAUGGUAUCCGCGGCGACUACCAGCCGGGCCUGUACGCGCCUGCGCUGCCGACGCAGCUCCCGCCAUUCCCCGCGCCCGAGCUCGCGGGCGGCGCCGGCGCCGGCCCCGCCGACCCCCUCUCCCCGGCAGACGACGAAGAGGAUGGGGCAGAAUUGGCUUCGCGCGGCGACGACGCCGGGGGGCCCCCCCGCGGCGCGCCGCCGGGGCGCGCUGGAAGCGAGGGCUCGCAGCCUGCGGAGAGCCCGCGCUCGCCGAGGCCGGAGGGGGAGGAGGAGGAGGCCGCCCUCGCCGACCUCGCGAGAGCCCGCGCCGAGGGCGAGGGGCAGCCGCCUCAGCAGCAGCACCAGGCGCCCCCUCUGGCGGCCGCUGCCUCCCCGCCGGCGGCCGCUGCCAGCGCCCCCGCGCCGGGCGCCGGAGAGGAGGCGGCGCCUUCGCCGCUCGCGGCCCCGCUCUGCUGGGGGGACGUGGAAACGGACGCGAACUUCGACAAAGUGGGGCUGGGCCCCAACGGUAACAUGAUAUUUUCCGUUGACCCAGGCGCGACGACUCCCUUCUUGGACAGGGCCUUCGUCCGCCAGUGCUUGCUUUCUGGCGCCGCUCGGGCCAAGUUGGGAAGCCUGGUGGACAACUAUUCCGUGGCCAGUUGCGACCCGGGCGAGGGCGCGGAGAACGCCGCCCGCAAGCGCAAGAAGCGCGCGCGCCCUUCGCGAGAUGAGGCCCGCGACGUGCUCCAGGCCGCAUUUGCGCAGUUCCCUCGCCUAGGCGGCUUCCUGGACGACGCCAUGAACGAGGUGGAGUUCCGGGCGUGGCCGGAGUCCCAGCAGGGAAAAGUUUUGUUCCACAACGAACUGAUGCGGUGCUGCCGCGUGGCCUUGCGGGACCUGGCCGCCCGCAGGGCAAAGUGGAGCGGCCGCUCUGCGCGCCAAGCACCCGGCCAGGCUGCGCGCGAGGCCCAGCAGACGCCAGCG